GAUUCUUGAAAAUAGAUUAGCUUCACACAGACGUCUUCUAACUGUCACAGUACUUACAGGGCGUGGAGUUUUCACCACUGGAGCUUUUUUCAGAGGUGAUUUUGUUCUUGAAUACAGAGGUGAACUUCUGAGUUCACAGGAGAGUCUGGACCGAACUGGACACUACACUGAAGCUGAGAACACGUUCCUGUUUGAUUUUCAGUGGCAUGGCAAAAAUUGGUGCAUGGAUGCAUCUAAAGAAGACUCGUCUUUGGGAAGACUUGCAAACGAUGAGACCAGAAAUCCUACUUGCAAAAUGAGAACCGUUGAAGUGAGCAGAAAACCUCACCUGUGUCUGUUUGCUGUACGAGACAUUCUACCAGGAGAGGAAAUCACUUACAAUUAUGGAGACUCAGAUUGGCCAUGGCGAGUCAAGACUUUGAAUAAAGCAUCAGCAGAAUCCACUGAUAAAAAGCCAGCCAGCAGUUUGCGCCUGCAUAAAUCCCCCCAUUGUGCAGCUUCUGUUUCCUCUCCUGAACUGGACAAGGUAAACAGCAAUGGUCCUCAUAAGCAGUCAGGCAAAGCAAGAACAUCAAGGAAUAAAACGGCGGCCAGUCUCUUUUUUUCUGUAGCCACUCCAAAGUCCAAGUCACCCACGUCACCUUCAACCUCGCCUGUGCAGCCCUCAUCAUCCUCGCCUGCCUACAGAGGAGGAGAGUGCAUCAACAAAGCUGCUUGUGAAUGUGGCAUAAAGAACCCUGAAGCACUGUCAUCAACUAGGCUCAGGAAACACAUAGCAACCAUGUCUAAAAUUCUUAACCUUAAUGAGAAUGAAGCAGACCAACUGGCUGAUUUCCUUGGUCACGAUAUCCGAAUCCACAGACAGUAUUAUCGGUUACCAGAGGGAACACUGCAGCUGGCUAAAAUGAGUAAAGUCCUAAUGGCCAUGGAGAAAGGAACACUGUCUGACUACAAAGGAAAGAAACUUGAUGACAUUGAAAUUGACCCAAAUGAGCAACUUGAGGCCCAAGGUGAUUCCAUGUCAAGUGAUGAGGAGGAUUCCAGUGACCUCUCUCAGACGACAGCACCAGCACCAGUACAGACUGAUCAACCUGUUCAAUCUGAUCAAGCUGUUUCACAGGAGGAUCAAGGUUCUUCAAAUGCUCCAAAAAAGAAAUGGGAGGACAGUGAGGUAAAAGCAGUAGAGAGACACAUGAUGAGUUUCAUCAAGACAUGCAAAGUUCCUGGUAAGCAAGACUGUGAAAGAUGCAUUCACGCAGAGCCAGAAGCUUUACGCAGCGAACAUGGACUGGUGUGAAAAAUUAUGUGCGGAACAGGAUCACGACUCUUAAAAGAAAGGGUGGUUUGUAGGGAGGGACAAACACUUCAACACUUUGCACAUUAUGCUCUUUUUGUAGGAAAUGGAGCUAAAUUAAAAGAAUUGAGGAUAAAGGUGUAGAAAUAUUUUGUGGAUGGAAUGAAACAGAAUAUAAAGUGAAAAGUUAGAGUAUAAGAAGGUUAAUGAAGAAGUAGAGGAUAGUAAGAGUCAAUUUUCUUUGUUCAGUUACAAUAUAGUUGGAUGAAAUGUCAUGUUAAACUUUUUGAUAUUUCUGUCAUAGAGGGAGGGGAGAAUGUAAAGAUGAUAAAAAAGGGAAGAGUGAAUAGCUGUGCUGGACAUGGGCUGUGGCUGGAUCUAACCGAUUGGUGAGAGUUGCUGUGUGCAGAAGAGAG